AUGUUGAGCUACCUGUUCCUCCCCAAGCUCUAUAUCAUUUACUUUCAACCGGAGAAAAAUGUUCGCCGUCUCAACAUGAGCAAUCGGAGUGCAAAGCUGAAACUGCCGGUAGUCUCGCAACCCGCCUACCUGAACGCUAUAACGAAGCAACAUAACGACGUUUCACACUUGGACAGUGCCGGCACAAGUGUGACAACUACCGCGGCCCCAACCUCAACAAGCUUGACGUUGACAAGUAGCACUCAUGCAGAGGAACAGUUUGGGAAUCUUGAAGGUUCAACCGAAAUCCCAGCCCCAUCUCCGACCGUAAUGAAUCCCCGACCACCAGGAAGGCGUCCAAGCCUCAAUGUAAUCUCCAACCCGAUAGCUCUGUCCCUCGAAAUGAAAACUAAUUCAACCCAACAGCAGCGUCCAUCAUUCACUGAAAUACUGCCAAACAGAAGCCAGUUGCAGCCGCUGCAGAACGGUAUGCAGCAGUUUCCAAACGAAUUCCUCAUACCUACUCCAAUCUCCCUAGAUACCAUUGCCCAACAAAGUAUGCUUACGCCACCCUACUGUGAUGAGCCCACGUCAGCGGAGGAAGACGAAUUCUAUCCCGGACGCAGAGCGUUGGUUUGCGACUGCGGUGCUUCCUCAUCCUCCCAAAUACUAUCCAACCUUUGUACAACUCUGCAUUCAAUCAGCAAUUCCAGUUACUCAGGUCAAACUCCGCACAGUUCCGAUUUUUAUUUGCACAGUUGCGGUGAAGAUACACAGGUGGCACUCAGCACAACGAGUACCAGUUCCAGUGUGGAGAGUGAAAUGGUGUUUAGGCAACUGCGACAAUCGAAGGAAGCAAAGUCACGUAUGGAUAGCACAAAACAAACCGUGACGGCCUUAUAG